UUUGGUUUCAGAGUCUCUCUCUCUCUCUCUCAAAAGUUAAAACCCUAUUUAAAUAGAGCCUUAACCCCCGCUUUCUUUCAUGCAAUUGUCUUGAUCUCCAGUAGUACUAUCCCCAACACCCACUACUAAGUCUACUAUUUCUGUAACUCUGUUCUUGUGCACUUCUUUCUCUGAUUUCUCUCUCUCUAUAUCAAUUAUCUUCUUCAAAGCACCUCUCUCCAUAGCCUGUGAAGUUGUGAUCUCUGACAAUUCUGUAGAUACACAGAUUUCCUUCCCAUUGUCUGUGUCUCCCUAGAGUUCCAGUUUAAUUUACAUCUAUCUUUAACGCUUCUUUCAUUCACAUCGCUGUCGUACGUACUGCAAUCAUUAACAUGUCUAGCAGAAGGUCUCGGACGAGGCAAUCGGGUUGCUCAAGGCCGAUCUCUGAUGACCAGAUCAAUGAUCUUGUUUCCAAGCUGCAACAGCUUCUUCCUGAGAUUCGUGACAGGCGCUCUGACCAGGUUUCAGCUGCGAAUGUGUUACAGGAGACAUGCAACUACAUCAGAAGCUUGCAUAAAGAGGCUGAUGAUCUGAGUGAGAGAUUAUCAGAGCUAUUGGCAAGUAGUGACACUGCCCAAGCUGCAAUUAUUAGGAGUUUACUCAUGCAGCAGUAGUAGUAGAGUAAAAUAAUAUUUUUUAGUUUCGUUAAUUACAAUUAGCUGCCUAAAAUAAUAUUGUAGCAUGCAGUUGAAUGCAUGAGAAUGAUUAAUCUCUUAUAAUAUGUUACAAAAUUUAAUAAAUGUACUACUCCAGCACUAGCGUAUUAUAUA